CAGCAUUCAACCAAAUUUGGUUAGAAAUUCAUCCAUAAAAUAAACGAACACCGCCAUUUUGGAAGUUUGACCGGUCGCGAUUUACUAUUUCAGGGAACGAAAAAUCAAAUUUAAAGGAUUUUCACUCAUGGAAAACUUUUAAGACACGAUGGCCUAAUCCUGAAAUUUGCACUCUUUUUAAAGUUCUUAAAUCUCGGCGCCUGGAGUUGGCCUAGAGCGACCGUAAGAAUGAGAUCGAGAAAAAUCGUCAGAUGCAGAAAGCAACCGGAGGUAGCUGGCACCGUAGAGGAUUCGAAUUCGGGUUUCGAUCCGGGUUUGCCCGGCGGGCGGUUCGGGUUUGCCUGCAAUCUUGGCCUGGUCACGUUUGGUUUGGUUUGUAUAACAUCGAAAUGUGCAGUAAAAUCACAAUGUCCGCCGACGAUUCGAUGGUGCUAUAUGUGCCCCGCAACGAAAAUCAUCAGGCAGUUGCGAGAGUAUUUCUUGCGAACAAGCUGAUAGCCAAUCAACACAUUUGCCAGUUCGGUCACUUUGAUCUUCUCAAGCCCCGAGAGUUUUCGUGCAGCAUCCCGUACAAAUACCAGCAAGCGGCGGAAGCUACUCUGAUCCGCGGAAAUGUUUUUCUUCUGAACUGACGAUGUGAUUGAGGGUGGAGGUAUCAAUGGUAACAGCAUCGAUGGUUAUUGAAUCCUAUCUAAAGAAAAUGGUUCACAAAAUUUCGGUGGUUGCUCCACACAAUAAGUCAUCUCUUCAAUUUGUUCCUUUGAAGAUGAUGACACCGAUCGGUAUCGAGUUCUGGAUGUGCGAGAUAAAUACGCGGGUUUGAUAACCGCAUCAGAAAAAAAAACAGCAAUGCCCGUUGCGGCCAGUGUGCUUUUGCAUGAAUAGGCAGCUACACCCAAGCAACCAGAAUUCCCUUAAAAAGGUUCCACAGAAGCUUAAUCAGCUCUCGUUUGUGUCUGAAGGGAAUGCUAAUCAGCCCAAAAUUUAAGUUCUUAAAGCUACUUUCAAGUUCGUUUAGGUGGCUGAAGAG